AUGGCAGCGACAACCUGGUACCACCGGGACAUCAGCCGGGUGCUGGCCGAGGAUCUGCUGGCCCAGGCGGGCAGGGACGGCUCCUUCCUGGUGCGGGACAGCGAGUCCGUGGCGGGCGCGUACGCCCUGUGCCUCCUGUGAGUGGCCCUCGGCCCCCCCCGCGCUCCCGGCAGGUUCCAGCGGCACGUGUACACCUACCGCAUCCUGCCUGAUGACGAGGGGCUGCUCUCCGUCCAGAGCGUGCAGGGCACCCAGGCCAGGCGCUUCCGCAGCCUCGCCGAGCUGGUGGGCGCCUACCAGCAGCCGCACGGCGGCCUGGUGACGCCGCUGCUGCACCCCGUGCCCCGGCCAUGCGCCGAGGAUGGGGAGGACGAGGAGGAGGACGAGGAGCGCGCAGGCGAGCCCAGCCCCGUCCCRCCAAGCUGUGGUGCUGCCAAUGGGGCCAGCGGCCGCGGCGGCACCCCGACCAGCGCGGGAUGCCCCGGCCGGAGCCUCAUCCCGCAGCAGCUGCGGCUGCAGGAGCAGCUUCACAGCAGCCCCGCUAGCGACAUCACGGGCCUCCUGGCCGAGUACCUGCGGCAGGCGCUGCCGCGGGACCCGGCGGCGCCGCGCGGCGGGGAGCUGCAGCCGCGGCCCCUCUGCGCCGCGCUGGCCGCCGCGUGCCGGGUGCUGCACAGCGAGGUGGACUCGGCGCUGGCCGGGCUGGCGGCGCUGGCCGCGGUGUUGGGUGCCACCGCGGCGCCCCGCGGCCCCGUGCGGGAGCAGGGCCUGCUGAGCGGUGACCCCGACCUGGAGCUGCUCCUCAGCAAGACAGCCACCGUCAACCACCUCCUCUCCUCCCUGGAGAGAAAGGUGCUGAGGUCGCUGCAGGAGAUGGUGUCCAAGCACAACCUGGUGCUGCCCAGCGCGGCCUYGCCAUCCCAGCCGUCCACCAGGCCCCUGGCUGUGCAGAGCUUCGAGGUGAAGGUGGGCAAGUCGCAGCGAGCAGCCCUGGCCGUGGACGUGGAGUCGGGCACGGUGGUGAUCACCAAGAAGGGCAGCGGGACCCCCGAAGAGACCAUCCCUCAGGACAAGAUCCUGCAGCUGAUUAAAUACCAGAGCGUGCAGAGCAAGGUGAGGCUGGUGUACGGCCGCGACCAGCACAAGCGCCUCAGCACAGACUUGGUCUUCCCGAGCGCRCGGAAGCGUGAGGCCUUUUGCCAGCUCCUGCAGCUCAUGAAGAUCCAGCACUCCAACCUGGACGAGCCCGACCUCAUCUCGGUGUAUGUGGGGACAUGGAACAUGGGCAGCGCCCCGCCGCCGCGCUCCCUCGCCUCGUGGCUGACGGCGCGGGGCCUGGGGCGUGCGCGCGACGAGACCACCGCCCGCGUCCCCCACGACAUCUACGUGAUCGGCACGCAGGAGAGCUCCCUGGGCGACCGCGAGUGGGUGGAGUUCCUGCGCGCGUCCCUCAGGACGCUGGUGGCCACAGACUACCGAGUGGUGGCCCUGCAGUGCCUCUGGAGCAUCAAGAUAGUGGUGCUGGCGAAACCGGAGCACGAGCGGCGCAUCAGCCACGUGGACACGUCCAGCGUGAAGACCGGCAUCGCCAACACGCUGGGGAACAAGGGAGCCGUGGGCGUCUCCUUCCUUUUCAACGGGACCUCCUUCGGGUUCGUCAACUGCCACCUGGCCUCAGGAAGUGAGAAAACCCACAGGAGGAACCAGAACUACAGCGACAUCCUGCGCUCGCUGGCGCUGGGCGACAGGCGGCUCGGCGCCUUCGACCUCACGCUGCGCUUCACCCACCUCUUCUGGUUCGGGGACCUCAACUACCGCCUCGACAUGGACGUGCAGGACGUCCUCACCCAUGUAAUCAAGAGGGACUUUGAAGCCCUCCUGGCUGUGGACCAGCUCAACCUGGAGCGGGAGAAGAACAAGGUCUUCCUACAAUUCAGCGAGGGUGACAUCUCCUUCCCGCCCACGUACCGGUACGAACGGGGCUCCCGGGACAACUACGUCUGGCAGAAGUUCAAGACCACGGGGGUGAGGAUCAAUGUCCCCUCGUGGUGCGACCGCAUCCUGUGGAAGUCACACCCGGAAACCCACGUGGUCUGUAACUCCUAUGGCUGCACGGACGACAUCGUGACCAGCGACCACUCGCCGGUCUUUGCCACCUUCGAGGUGGGAGUGACAUCGCAGUUCGUGCCCAAGAAGGCGCCCAGCUCCAGCCCCGAGCCGCUGACCUGCAUCGAGUGGGAGAGCRUCGAGGUGACGGUGAAAAGCGCCGGGCGCAGCAAGUGCUACCUCGAGUUCCACUCCUCCUGCCUGGAGGAGCCCCAGCGGAGCGGGGAGAACACGGCCCAGAGCUGCGACCCCGCCGGCUUCCUGCGCCUCGGCUGGGCGGCCGAGCACCUGCCCGUGCUGCACCCCAUCCUCUCGGACCCGGAGUACCUGGGGGACCAGCACCUGCUGCUCAGCGUCAAGGGCGUUGAGAGCUGCGAGUCCUACGGCGAGUGCUGCAUCGCCAUGAGGUCCAUGAUGGGCAGCACAGCCCAGCGCUUCGAGACGUUCCUGUUCCACCGCGGCGAGGAGACGGGCUCCGUGCGCGGCUGCGUGCAGGUCCGCGCGCCCGCGGGCCGGCGCGGUGCCCGCCAGCGGCUCUACGAGUGGAUCAGCUUCGAGGAGGAGGAGGAGGAGGCCGAAGCGGCCGCCAGCCCCACGUGCCCCAAGCUCCCCGUGCGCUGCGCCAGGAGCCGGCCCCGCAGCGUGCCCGAGGCGGCCAGCACCUACACCAACCCGGCCUACUUCACAUUCGAGGGGCUGCCCAGCACGUGGGCCCCGGCGUCCGGUGGCGUUCCCGAGCGUUCCGGCAGCCAGAGGCAGGCGGAGGCCGCGCGGUGCCGCAGCCCGGCCCCGAGGCCUGUCCAGGAGGAGCCGCGGGGCCGUGGCGGCCAGCAGCAGCUCGGGGCCCUGCCCGGCGGCCGGCAGAGGCGGCCGCAGUCGGCAGUGCUGCAGCGGGACGCGGCGGUGGCGGCCGGCGGCGACCGCUCACUCAGGGCGCUGCACAUGGCCGGGCACCUCAGCGAGCUGGAGCGUGCAGCCCCCGGAAUGCYGGGACACAUGCGGGAUGGCCGGCGGCACGGCCACGCCACCGAGGUACCGCCAGGCUGCGCGGGGACUGGGGGAACAGGGCGGGAGAUGCACUUGGACACAAGGCCACUGGCCGGGGAGAGCGGUGCAGGAGCAGCGAUCCCCGCGUCCCGCUUCUCACGGGGGGAAAGGCGGGAGGAUGCGUCCCGGUGCUCCGCGGCGGCGCUGCCGGAGCGUCCCGGGGCUCUCCUCCCGCAGCGGCUGCACGGCGGACAGGAGCCCUCGUGCAGCGUCAGCRCGGGGCUGAGCUGCCUUGGCUUGGAGCGGUACCGCGAGGGGCUCUACGAGAGCGGCUGCGAUGACCUCGAGUUCCUCAGGGACGUCACGGAGCAGGAGCUGCUGGAGGCCGGCGUGCUGAGCCCGGGGCACCGGCGGCUCCUCCGGGCCGAGCUCCGCGAGAGCCGCGCCGAGGGGCUGCAGCAGAGACCCUACCCGGGGCCGAGCUCGUAG